AUGGAAUCUCUCAAGGCCAGAAGAUCCUGUUAUAAAAGCACAGCCAUCAUUGCACUGGCAAACCACUCCAGAUCUCUGCAAGACUGGCAAGAUGCUGUCUCACAUAACACUGGCCAGCAUGUGCUGGAUGCUGCUCUCAUGCCUGACGCUCUUGUCCCCAGUGCAAGUUUUCUAUUUAUCUUACUCCACCCAGGUGAAGACUCCCCGAAGGAUGCACCCUCAGCACGUAUAAGUUGUCCCAAAGGCUCCAUGGCUUAUGGCUCCUACUGCUAUGCCUUGUUUCGGAUACCACAGACCUGGUUUGAUGCAGAACUGGCCUGCCAGAAGAGGCCCUCAGGACACCUCGUGUCUGUGCUCAGCGGAGCUGAGGCUUCAUUCCUGUCCUCCAUGGUGAAGAGCACAGGCAACAGCUACCCAUACAUCUGGACUGGGCUCCAUGAUCCUACCCUGGGUGAACAACCCAAUGGAGGUGGAUGGGAGUGGAAUAAUGGUGAUGUGAUGAACUACUUUAACUGGGAGAGAAAUCCAUCCACUGCCUUAGACCGUGGUUUCUGUGGCAGCUUGUCAAGAGCUUCAGGAUUUCUGAAAUGGAGGGAUAAUACCUGUGAUGUGAAGUUUCCCUAUGUCUGCAAAUUCAGUGGUUAGGCUUCUCCAAAAUCAAACAGCAUGAAUUUGUCCUGAAGCUCAUCAUGGACAUGGGAUGGAAUGUGAAGACUCACCCAGGAAGAGCAUUCCUAUCCUCAGUCCA